AUGACGGUUAAUUCCAUCAAAUCGGUAUACAACAUUAUAUCUCCGAGGGCGCAAUCUGCGACGUUCGUCCGCAAAAGAUUCGUCGGUCGAGCAAGGUUCUGCAAUCGCUAUCUUUCUCCACAGGGUUUACAGAUGUCAUUACCAGAUGAAUUAUGGAGGUUGAUUUUGGAACUUGGAGUCGAAACUUCAUCUUUAACCUACAAAGACAUUUGUUGUCUUUCAAUGGCUUCCAGACGUUUAAAUCAUCUUUCAAAAGAAGACAACAUUUGGUCAAAAUUACUCUCUUCCGAUUUCCCUACUCUCUCUUCAUCUUCAACCUCUACUCCUCCCAAAUCCAUCUACCAAACCAGAUUCGAAAAAGACAAAGCAAAAAAACUUUUAGCAGAAAAACGAGCUGUCCUAAGACUCGAAUCUCAGAUCCAUGAACACACAAGAAAAGUACACGAGAUUGAACACCAAUUAGAUGAAGAGAAUGAGAAGAUCAAAUCCGCCAUUGAUGAGUUGAAGAACUUGCAGAAAGUGAAGGAAGCUUCGAGUGCUUUGAAGGUUUGGCAACCGGAGAUUGUUCAUGGAAGGCAUAGACAGAUUGUUGAGCAUUGUAGUGUCCCGGUUGAGUCGAGGAUUAAUGUGUUGGAUAUGGAGAUUAAGCUUUGUAGACAACAGAUGAUUGGGUUUUUGAAAGCUCGAAGAGAAGAAAAGGGAAGACUUGAAAUGGUGAAGGAGAAGUUAUUGAAGGUGAAGUAUCGAUCGUUUGAAUGUUUGGAAAGAAGUAAUGUUGAUGACGAAUCAAGAAAGUGUAGAAAGAAUUUGAAGAAAGUGAAAAGAGUGGAAUAGCAAUUUGAUGUUGUAUUUUUAUUAUAGUUAGAGGUGUAAUUUGUGUUUCUUUUUUAGGGAUAUUGUUUGAAUAUUGGUUUAAAAACUUUUGCUUAUCAAAGGGC